CCACAAGCAGCAAGCCAUCCUGCCAUUUUCAGAAUUGUUAACAAAAUUUUCAAGAAUGCACUGCUGGAAACUGAUGGAACUCCAGAAAUUAUGACCAUAAUACAGGUGUUUACACAGCUCUUCCUUCAGGCUCAUCAGAAUGAAAACAAACAGCAUAAAUUUCCGCUGAAGGCCUACUUUCCUUACCAUCACCAGCCUCUUGUAACAGCUUUACUCAGACGUCCUUUUGAACUGCCAACUACACACUGGUCUCAACACUUGAAACACAUUUCAGAUAUGCUCAAAGGAUUAAUAGAAGAUACAAACAUUAGUUCUCUUGCUGAUGUUUUUGAAAUCUGGUUUUUGGUUGCUUGUUUUGGAGAAUGGGUGGAUAUUGCGGCAGAACAAUUACUGAAGGCCGCCAUAGAACCACAUGCUUUGCUGUGGCUGCUGGCAUUUUACUACUGUCCUCAGAAAGAAAAUCAACAAAGGACUCAAACAAUGGUAGAAGCUCAAGCUGUCUACAAUCAUUUAAUGAUGCUCUUCAGCUGUACAGUCCUUUCUGUCAAAGAUCUGGAGGCUGCUGUACACAGUAUAACAGAUAUAGAGCAGUGUUGUAACCAGCAUCUUAUAACACAUCUUCUUAUCAGCUUUUUGCUCUAUUCUUCUGGUGGACAUAUGAUUGCCCAGGAAUUUAUCUACCAUAUUACUGAGACUACUGAUGCAAGCAAAGAAGUUUGUAGCCUUCUCAUCCGUACUGCAUACAGAAUUAACCAUAAUGGUGAAGAAAACCAAAGGACUGUGAAGCUGCUGAAUGAAAUUCUUCAAAAACUAACAUUGAAAGUUUAG